ACUAAUUUUAGCUGUACUCACCAAAGUGGCUGUUUGACUAACUGCUACGAGAGACAGCAGUACCAAUGUCGAGCACUACUACAUGCUGUUCGUCGAGUCUACACUAGUCAAUCCCCCUCUAGCUUCCUUACAUCAGUCGAACAGCAAACGCGCACUCUGGCUACUCAGAUAGAUGAUGCAGCAGCUGCCGAAUCUAUCGCUGCAAUCCAGGCACAAAGUAUCCAAGCGAAUAGGGUAGAAGACAAUAAGUCUGGUGAGGAGGACGAGGAAGUGGAUAAUGAAUACGAUGAAGAAGCUGAAGAGGAGUUAGAAGUGGAGGAGGAAGAGGAGAAGCAGGCAGAAAUAGAAGAGCGAGGACUAGUAUAUAGUAACAAAGAAGCAUUGGAAGUUGAGUUUAAUUAUGGAAGUACUGGAAAAGAUUAUGAGCUGACGCCCCCCAGGUCUAGAAAGAUCGACCACGUGAGACAUGUCCCGCUUCAUGAUGAUUACCGAUCUGCUGAUGAUCAAAGCAGGUUAGGUCGAUGUCUUACUAGGGACUUCAAGCCAGAGGAUGCUUCGCAAUGUACAUCUGGGUUAGUGAAGCCUGCCUCAGAACUGACCGGUCUGAUUGCAGAGGCGAAAACUUCUGUUAAGACCAUUUCAGUAUCAAAUAGGUCUUCUGGAUGUCAUGGUGAUAUUUUGUUACCAGUCGAGCAUAAUUCUGCAGACUUUGAAUAUCUUUCACACAUUCUCCCGCCUAUGCUACGGUCUCGUCAGUCUCGUCAAUUCCAAGUGGCUCAGUUACCAGCUCAUUCAGUCCGAAACUCAAAUACAGCCAACUCCGUGCUGACUACGGAAUUAGAGUUACAGCGUGCUCAUAUCGCCCGUCUUUUGGGGCCUAGUGCAGUAACUAUGGGCGAGGCUGAAUUAGAUAUGACAGCGCUAUUAUUGCAGCGCAUGUCAGCUGCUUACCUAACUGAACAAGCCAGACGAAAUGCAAGAAAGAAGUCUUUCUUCGCUAAGGCACUUCGUAAAAAGGUAAGUCACCUUAAAUUAAGGUAA